AUGUCGCUUGCCGGCGAUAGGAGGAGGGUAGUUUUGUACUUUUGCGUUGUGGCUCUGCUGAUCGUUCCGAUGUCGCAGAUUUGGCUCUGCCGUGAGUGCUGCAAAGCAGGUGCGGCGAGGUUGCUCCGCGGAGAUGAUGCCACGUGGAAGGUCGAGCAAAUCGACGGUGGUGAUUCUACAGCGAUGGGAUAUAGUAAUGAUCAUAAGAAGAGCAGUGAAGAAGAGUUCUUUGAUAGGUUCUUCAAUGGAAGAAAUCUUAAUUUCAACCAAACCGAAAAGGGGUUUGAAGAAAGCAAACGACGAGUGCCCAGUUGCCCCGAUCCUCUCCAUAACUAG